UGCCGAUGCUCAUUAUAUGCUGCCCCUGCCCGUCAGCCGUCAGCACGCUGAUGGUCAACGUGAUUAUCUAUAGGUUAGGUUCGCUAGAAAGGCAAACAAGAAAAAAAAGGCUGUAGAAUAAUCAAGUAUUGGGUUAUUUGGAUUGUAGGAGUCCAGUUCAAUUACUUGAUAUUAUGAAUAGUUGAAUCAGAUGUAUUUCAUUAAAUCGUGACAAUGGAUACAAAUUCGGAACAAGCCAACAAUCCUGAACAGCAUGAUGCCAUAUCCCAAAAGAUAAUUAACCUUGCACAAGGGAAACCUAAGGGUAUAUCUGAUAAAGACAUUUCUACGGAAAUGCCAGACCUGACACCAAUUCAGAAAGCACAAUCCCUCAAUAAGCUCUUAACACAGGGUUAUUUUGACCUUUUCAAGCAGGGUGAAACAUUGUUGUACAAAUUAAAAGAUCCAACCAAGGCUAGAACAGCAAAAGGAGCUGACAAUGAGGAGAGAAUUGUGUAUACCAUUAUAGAAGAAGCUGGCAACAAAGGAAUUUGGACCAGAGAUAUAAGAUUCAAAUCCAAUUUGAUGCCAACUCAACUGAACAAAAUCCUCAAGAGUCUCGAAACAAAAAAAAUCAUUAAGGCAGUCAAGUCUGUUGCUGCGAGUAAAAAAAAAGUAUUUAUGCUGUACAAUUUGGAGCCGGACAGAUCAGUAACCGGUGGAGCAUGGUAUCAGGAUCAAGACUUUGAAGCAGAGUUUGUUGAUGUUUUAAACCAACAGUGUUAUAGAUUUUUAGAACAAAAACGAGAGAGUACCAAGAACUAUAUAAAUGGACCUAUUGCCGAGAAGAAUGCUACUUUUGCCUCGUCUAAAGAAGUCUGGAAGUUUAUUUCUGAUUUAGGUAUAAGUAAAGUAAAACUAAGUGUUGAAGAUUUAGAAAUGAUUUUAAAUACAUUAAUCUACGACGGAAAGGUAGAGAGAACAGUCUCAAGCGAUGGAAGCAGCUUGUACAGAGCAAUCAAUCCUUUACUCAAUUCGCCAGGACUUGUACAAAGUUCCUGUGGAGUCUGUCCUGUGAGAAAGAAUUGCUGUGAUUUUGGAGAUACAACUCCUCUCAAAUGCCAAUACAUAACUGAGUGGCUGGAUAUGUAGCUACAAAAAUUUUUUUUGUACAUAGUUUAUUUUUUAAAUUUUAUGUAUGCGUGCGUGAGCGUUGAUUUAUACGAUUAACAAAUUUAUCAACAACUUGUGUUUUAUUAUUUACGAAAAAAUGUUAGAAGAAAAAGAUAAAAACAAAUUUUUACGAACAAUCUAUUGUUUACACACGAAUAUUUCGUUCAAGAAGUAUUGCUAUUUGUAUUCGUCGACUGCAACUACUGCGAUUUUUGCAAUAAAACUCGCGAUCAAACCGACAG